GAACUUGACUAACGUGGUGCAUGCAGAAAUCAAGAGCGAGGAGCGGGAGCAGGUAACGAGAAAUGGCUAGGCGUAUGACGCUUUGGGAAACUCGACCGCGAGGAAUCUUGCCGCCACGUUUCUUGGAUAGAAGGGUGGAGGUUAGCCUACCUUCCAGGGGCGGGCUGUAUAAUCCGGUGAUGGACUGGGUUGGGGUAGAACUGGUAGGGGACACGGUGUACCUGGUGGUGGACCUAGAAAGGCGCGCAAGGGGUGAGUUUGGGGGCACCAACCUGGAGUUGCCAGAACGGGUACAUGCGACAGGGUCCCUAUACUUGUCGGAUGCGGGAUGGCGGACCUUCGGGGUGGCCUUGGCGGAUGGCGAUGACCCCGUACGGAUGUUUGACGGGGCGUGGCAGGUGACCUGGAGGGAAGGGUUUGCGUUCGCCAACCCAAAUCGGGAUGACGUAACGGCGACCGUCCGGGUGGUCGAGGUAGGAGCUAGUAUCGUGCCUUAUGAAAAUGUGCGCAUGAUCUUGCCACCCUUUUUGCUUGAGGGAAUGGGAGGAGAACGGGCUGAGAUGGCAGUGAUAGCCAUGGUUAAAGCCGGGAUUAGAGAGUCUAUAUGGCCGUUCCAACGAAUGAUCGUCAUGGACGAAAUGGACCAUGACGUGAUCCUCGGGCGCCCGUGGUGUGCGAACGUAGAGAUGAUCGGGAUGCAUCUGCACGACGGUGCCUACAUGGUAGACAUAGAAGACCCGGUGACAGGGCGAGGCGAGCUGGUCCGCCUCAUGGGAACCUGGGGAGACACACCGAAAGGGAAGCUCGCAACCUGGUCACCCUCCUUUGAGGAGAGCGCUAGAAAAGGGGCUUUCGCACGCAUGGAAGGGAUGAGAGAGAGGGUGGAGAUUAUGAUCGAAGAGGCCUUUAGUAAAAAAGAAUGGGUCAAGAUGGGACUCCCGAUGAAGAAACGUAGGUCAGACGAAGACGCCCUAGGAGUCAUGGUAGUAGAGAAGGAAACAGAGGUGGAAUUGGGAGCCAGUUUGCCCAAGCGCGAGGAGAUCCGGGACAAGAAGGAUAAGGUCAUACUAGAAAUCCCGGAUUUACUGCAGCUUGUCAAAGCAAUCAGAAAGAUCCCGGAAGAAAGCGUUCGGAGGUAUAAGCCUGUAGGAAAGAAGGCGAAGUCGGUCUCCAUCCUACUGGAGAUGACUAAGGAGGAGGCCAUGGAAAAGGAGGAGGAGGUUCUUCGGGUAAUUAGGGAGAGGAUGGCGGAAGGACAUAGGAUACCGGAUGAGGUGGCCCAAACCAUGAAGAUCGGAGUAAAGGGUUUUCUGACGGAGCAAGAAACACAGGCAAUCAAAGAAGUAUGCCAAAAAUCUCACCUGGCAUUCGCUUUCAAUGACCAUCAGAAAGGGCGCCUGGACGCUAAGUUGAUCCCACCAGUCAGGAUCGACACGGUCGAGCAUGAGUGUUGGAAUGACAAGGGACCGGCCUACGAUUUUGGGAUCGCAGGUGAAAUGACAGAGCUCCUCAGGGCAAAAAUGAACUCCUUCGUGGCAGAACCCACCGCAUCUCCUCAUGCCAACAAGUGGUUUGCAUUCCGCAAGCCCAACGAGUCACUUAGGUGGAUUCAGGACCUGCAAAAGUUAAAUGCUGUCACCAUCCGGGAUGCGGGAUCGUUGCCACAAGCAGAUCUCCUGGCCGAAUCCCAUGCCGGACGCAGUAUUUACUCUUUGAUAGAUCUGUACUCAGGAUACGACCAGCUCCCGCUGGACACACGAGAUAGGCCCUACACGGCUAUGCAUACGCCAGUAGGACAGUUGCAGAUGCAGGUUACGCCUAUGGGAUUUACUAAUGCGGUAGCAGAGGCACAAAGGAGGAUGCUUGCGGUGGCCGGGAACAUGUUCCCAGACAAAUGUGAGCCCUACAUUGACGACAACCCUGUCAAAGGAGCACGGGAGAAGGAUGAGACCGAAGUCGGUCGACCAUUCAUCCUUGAGACGGAUGGAGGACCAAUGGCAGUCGGCGGGGUGCUAAUUCAAAAAGGCGAAGAUGGUAGAGAGCGACCGAUCAGAUUUGAGAGUAGGACGCACAAUUCGGCUGAGCGGCGCUACUCUCAGUUAAAGAAGGAGGUACUUGCGAUACGGCAUUGCCUCAAGACCUUUCAGGCUUAUCUCUUCGGGAGGAGGUUUACCUUGAGGAUAGACCCAACCAAUGCCGCCGGGGCCCUGAAGAACUAUAAGCCUAUAGAUCCGACUGUUGGAAGAUGGGUAGGAUUUAUUUGGCAGUUCGACUACAAGAUUGAGCGCAUAGCCGACCUUAGGAAUCGUGCAGAUGGACUAAGCAGGGUGGUCCUCACACCUGAAGGGCUAGAAGAGGAAGAACCGAUCGACGCGUUCCUUGACUACGAGGGUGGGACGCUGGUAGUAGACAGCGAAAUGGCCGCGACCACUUGCACAACUGGGGAGCUAUUGAUCAAAGCUCUCGAAAAGGGACCUCCGACAGUGGUUGCCAAGUUAAGGGUAGGUACAGUCACCAGAGUUGGAAGGAGGGAAGAAAAGGACGCCUGGGGCAGCGUUGUGAAACCCCGGGAUGAACAAAUCGCACUAGCCAUUGAGGGAGGUUGGAGAAGGGUUACGAGCAUGAUGGAAUCUCAGGAGCGGGAGAGGCAGCACUAUCAGGCCUACCAGGUGGAUAAUAAUCAGACGGGUACUCAGGAAGAAGAGCAGUUCUUCCUCAUCAAGUCAUAUGAAGCAUAUGCACUCUUAAAAAUCAGAGCAUCACUUCAAAGCGAUCCGUAUGUCAUGGAGGAUUGGUCGGGUUCUAAUCCAUGCAACUGGAAGGGUAUCUUAUGCUCUAACGGAACGAAUAAACGGGUGGUUGAAGUGAGCAUGGCAAAGAAGGGAUUCAAGGGGUAUCUGCCGCCUGAAGUAGGACUUCUUACACAGUUAACUUCUUUGUAAGUGCAUUGAUUUUCUACCAUUUACGCCAACAUUGCUAAAUAUGUCCCUGCAGCUCAACAUCGUGAAUGUUUUCAGUUUA